AACACUUGAACCUGCAAUUUUCAUCACAAACAAAGAUGGCGGCCGUUCCUGCGAGUUUGAAGUUGGUUCAGCCUUAUUUUAAAGUAGCAAAAGAAUAUGAAAAGAGAGAUCCAGUUGUAGCUUAUUACUGCAGGCUAUAUGCAGUUCAAAAAGGUAUUAAGACUGAUAGCAAGAGCAAAGAAGGCAAGAGCUUCCUAUUUCAGCAAAUGGACUUGUUGGAAAAGUGUAAGAAAGAAUUUGGUCAUGAAGAAGCUAUAACUAGUGAAAUAAUGGGACAAACAUACAUGGAUGAGAAAGCUACACAGUUGUUUCUAUGGGCUGACACUGAAGACAGAGCUGCAAGAUUCAACAGGAAUGUGGUCAAAUCUUUCUACACUGCUAGUCUGCUGUAUGAUACGCUUGCACAGUUUGGUGAGCCUUCCGAGGAGGCUGUACAAAGACAAAAAUACUCAAAAUGGAAAGCCACCUACAUCAACAAGUGCUUAAAAGAUGGUACUGCUCCAGUCCCUGGUCCUCCGGGGGGUGAUGAUGCUGCUGGUCUUGGAGAUGAAUUUGGUUUUAGUGAUAUGCAGGCACCACCACCCUCCCAUCCCUCGAGUGGAGAAAGUGGUCACCCCCCUGAUCCACAUCAAACUGGCUACCCCUUUUCUAACCAGCCACCAGCACAGCCACCAAGUUAUCAUCAGCCUUCUGUGCCAGCAGCGACCCAUCAACCAGCCCCCCCAGAACCUCAUCCAUCCACUAGUGACACAGGAUCUUCCAGCGGCAUUACCUCAGAAGAUUUAGACAAGGCACAAAAAUGCUGUCGAUAUGCCCAAAGUGCAUUACAAUAUGAAGAUGUUAAAACAGCAGUAGACAACCUACAGAAAGCAUUGGCUAUUUUGCAGCCUCAUUAAUGAAUACUAUAUUUGGUUAAUGAAUCUUUUUUGUGAGUUUACCACAGGGAGCGCAAUUUAGAUAAACGUAUUAGACAAAAGUAUAAUGUAAAAAAUAACCUUUGUUGAGCUUAUUGCAUUUAAAGCCUAGAAUACAUUGGGAAAUAUAUUUAUCAAAAUUGGGCUCUCACAAAGAUUCAUUUUGUAUACAAGGGAGUUGUGGUAAGAAGCAACGUCCAGACAGACUAGCAUGACUACAGUUUUGGAGACAUUACUGAUAAUAAUGGAAAAUAAUUAAUGAAACAUCAGGUAACAAAAUAUCCUUUCUGUGUGGUGGGUUUCCUGUGGUCACCAUGACACCCACAGUAAAACCAGGUAUGCACACUAUGAGUAGGCUCUUACUCGUAUCACCUUAUAACUCCCCUCCCUCCCCCUCCUAGCCUAAAGUGCUGCUACUUAGGCUAACAUCAACUUCGCAAACAUUUCUACCAAGGUUUUAAUUCACGUUUUGGAUUUUGCUAAGUAUUACAACCAUACCUUGCAAUUGUUAUUGUUAACAUAAAACUUAAGGAAAAUAUCACAUUUUAAAAUAAAAUCCAAUGGAGUAAAAGA